GAGAGAUGCUCACAGGGGUGAGGAGGGUCCCACGGAUUUCUGCUUGAUUCCCCUCUCUGGACAGACCCACCUCUUGCCCUUGGGACCAAAUGUACUCCCUCUUGCACCACUGGAGGAAUCUCCCCAGACUGGAGGCAGAAAUGAACCUCAGCUUCGUGGCUCCCAUUGGAGGAUCCUGAGCAGCUUGGGUGAACACCUGCAGCCCUUUGCAGCAUGAAAGCUGGAGACUUCAGGAGACGACGCGGUCCUCACCUGAGCGAUCCGGCACCAUUCCCCCGCUUGAAGGCUGUUAAUGGAGAAGAGGGCGAAUGACAGCCGGGACCGUGGUCAUCACAGGUGGAAUAUUAGCAACUGUCAUUUUACUUUGUAUCAUCGCUGUCCUCUGCUACUGUAGGCUCCAGUACUACUGCUGCAAGAAGGAUGAAUCCGAGGAGGAUGAGGAGGAGCCCGACUUCGCCGUGCACUCCCACAUCCCUCCGCUCCACUGCAACCGCAACGUAGUGCUGACCAACGGGCCGUCCCUCUACAGCUCCUCACCCUUCAGCAAGAAGGCAACGCCGAGUCGCAGCGGCUGCCCGGGCUGCGGGCAGUAUGAGCCUCCAACCUUCUUCCUGCAGGAGCCCCCUGAGGAGCUGCACAACGGGGGGGACCGGGUCAGCUUCCAGACCGUCAGCCAGGAGGAGCUCGACCUGCCGGUGAGCGUGGGUAACCUGCAGGCUCUCAACCCCAACCGGCUCUCAGCCAUGCGUGAAGCCUUCUCCCGCAGUCGCAGCAUCAGCACCGACGUGUGAGCCCUGCGCUGCAUGGAGGACUUCUUAUAAUCCACCACAGUGUUUUAAAAUAAAA